AUGUAUCUUAUAAUAUUAGUACCAAAAAAGAAAGCUGCAUGGGAAAAAAUAAUUUAUGGAUUCAACACCAAAUGGAAUUUUCCACAAUGUGUUGGGGCAAUUGAUGGCAAACACAUACUUAUAAAGUGCCCUAAACAUUCUGGUUCUCUAUAUUAUAAUUAUAAGAACCAAUUCAGCAUAGUUCUUCUUGCCUUGGUUGAUGACAAUUACAAUUUUACAUGCAUUGAUAUAGGGAGCUAUGGUAGUGCUUCGGAUGGGGGUAUUUUUGGAAAAUCUGCUUUGAACACAGCAAUUGUACAAAAUCAAUUAGAUUUGCCUGAAAAUAGUGUUAUACUAGGAGAUGAAGCUUUCCCACUUAAAGAGUACCUGAUGAAACCAUUUCACAGGCGGACUAACCAGAGUAUUAAGGAGUGUGUAUACAACUACAGACAUUGUAGAGCACGUAGAAUAAGUGAGAAUGCAUUUGGUAUAUUAACAAAUCGUUUUCGAAUAUUUUCAAGACCCAUUGAUCUUGAGCCAAACAAAGUUGUUAAAAUUGUAAAGGCAUGCUGUGCUUUGCAUAAUUGGAUAAGGAUAACUAACAAAUCCAAUUAUGGUAUAACCACAGAUUAUGAAGAUAUUGAGAAUAGUACAAUCAACUUGGGGUCAUGGCGAGAAGAUCCAGCACCCGGUGGUCUAAUGAAUUUGACUCCAAUAAGAGAAAAAAAUUUUAAUAAUAAUGCCCGUUUAAAGCGAACACAGUUCGCUAAUUACUUCAUGGGCGAAGGUGAAGUUGAAUGGCAGUAUAGAAUGGUUAAUAUUCAGGUUGUUUAG